UAGUGCCAGACAAGCACUGACAUGGGGCGUGGAAUCUAUCUCCAACGUUUCUACCUCAUGGUCCUCAUCCCACAUAAACCUGAGCGUGUAUCACACGCUCUAAAUCACGACUGGAGAUUUGAUUUUCGUUGCCGUGUUUUUUUUUACCAGUUUUGCCAUCGACUGCAAACAAAGCAGGCUGACAUCGUCAGAGAUUCUGACACCGCUUUAAUCUCGACACUUUCUCUCUGUCUGUGUGAGAGGAGAGGUCACGCUUUUAUGGAUAGAUGGAUGAAUGCUCUGUUUUGGCCUUCAAAUUCGCUUUAGAAAAAGCUUCCGUAUCUGUUAAUACUCUCAGUCCGUCCAUUACUCUUCUCGUCCAGGUCCAGCUUGAAGGAGUUUACAGGCAGAGAUGGAGGUUCAGCGACAACGAACUGCGUCUCCUUCAGUCUCCGAUGGUGGGUCCCGGGGAAGGGGUGACGUGGGAGGAACGGCGAAGAUGGAAGGAGAGAAUGAAGGACAGCCGUCGAUAAAGCUUUGUUUGAGUAGUGGUGCUGACCCGAGUCCGAGAACAAAACCUGUGAUGAUGAAGCAUGAAAAGCCUGUGUUCACGCCAGCCCAGUUGCAUGAGCUGCAAAAGCAAGCUCUGGUAUUCAAGUACAUAGCAGCUGGACUCCAUGUCCCUGCUCAGCUUCUGAUUCCGAUUUGGAAAAGUGUGGUUGCCUCACUUGGUCCAGCUAGUGGUGGUAUCUACAAGCAAUUCCCAAGCUUUGUAGGAUUCAGUCCUGAGGAGCUUGAUCUGAGGACUAUGAUGGAUCCAGAACCAGGGAGGUGCCGGAGGACAGAUGGGAAGAAAUGGAGGUGUAGUAGGAGUGUGGUUCCACAUCAGAAGUACUGUGAGCGGCACAUGCACAGAGGUUGUCGUUCAAGAAAGCUUGUGGAAGCUUCCCAACUUGCUUCUCCUCCUGAUGCAACACCACCCAAUAAAUCAAAAGGAGAUACAGAAAAUUCGAACACAAAUCAUUCUUUAGAGCAAACUAGUAGCAAGAAUGAUGGAAUUAGUUUCAUUGGUGGCAGGGAUGACAUUACUACCAUAGAGGCUCCACCUAUUUAUGCAUCCACCUCCUUUAACACCAGGUGCUGCAGCAAUAUAACAAACCACAAUAGCAACUACAUGAGUCACAACAGUAUCAUCAACAGGAAACGGAUGAGUGAGGAGGUCACGAUUGCUGGUAAUGGUAUCUCUCUGGGAUUUGGCUUCUCCCCUAAGAGUGUACUUCAGGUUAUAGAAGAUGAUUCAUUAACUUCCUUUUCUUUGCCCCCUUCAGUAGUAGGUUCCACGGGCUUAUCGCUUGGUAAAAGUGACCUUGAACUUGAAGUGGGGAGGUGUAGAAGAACAGAUGGAAAGAAGUGGCGAUGUCACAGGGAUGUUGUGCCCUACAAGAAGUAUUGCAGGCUACACAUGCACAGAGGUUCAAAGAAGCACAUUGAAGUUUCCAUACCGUCUGCUGCUGCCGCCUCAGGUACAUCUGGGCUGCCUCCUAUAUCAAUGCUGCCUAACAAAGAAGAUAGCAGAGGCCUAAACACUUGUCUAUCCAUGUCAAUCACAAGACCUCAAGGAGCUAGUAACGAUGAAAAGUGUGAUACCAGUGGCAGCAGCGACACAACCAUCAGCGACACCAUGACCUGCUAUGAAAUCAGUAACUUUUCAUCAUAGCUUAUUGUAUCAAUGGCUAUAGCUCGUGAUUUCGAGAUCCUUCGUUUGAUGGCAACCAAUCUAAGAUCGACUUUGAGGUUCUUUCAGAGAAAACAGGAAUGACUUCUCAGACUUAUCACUCGUAUUCUUCUAUAAAAAGAAAAAUUCUUAGUAGUGGUGUUCCAUUGGUAGAAACUUGUCUGAUAGGUAACAGAAAAUCUAAGAAAUGGAUAUGCAUUGCCUUCUAGUACUUCUUUCUUUUGUAUGCUAUACCUAUGCAGCCAUUACUGCCCUUUUGAUUAAAAGGUAGGAACUCUGCAGAAUUUCUGUUAUCUUGAUUCUUGAAUUACAUUUGUUGUCUGGCGUUCAAGGUCAAGUGACAUGCAAGGGAAUGGAACCUUCUAGUGUAGGUGCACAUUUAUUGGGA